AUGGUCUCCAUAUCUAAACUGCGCAGAGAAGAAUUGACAGCAAUCAUUGCUCAAGAACUACAUAUAGAUGUUGCUUUUCCUUGCUUUUCUGUUAAAGAGCAGUAUGGCUCUACGGCUUGCUGUGUGGUCCAUAAACAUUGGUUUACUGCCCUAAGGCAGUCCAAGCUCGGUGAAAUCACAAAAAUCAACAAACAUGCUGCUGCUCGCUCUCCCUUAAAUAACCUUUCGGAUCAAACUAACGAUCAUCAAACUUCAACGACCAACGUACUAGUCACUGUGUAUUUGAAGCAAAAUUUAUCUGACCUCAAACUUAGUAAACCGCAAUUAUAUGCUCGAAAUAUUUCCGAAAACAGUUUUAACUACUCUUUUAAUUUCCAUGAGCGAGGUGACUUACCUUUAAGAUAUUUUCUUAAAGAACAACUUGAAGGAAAACCGUUACUAAGUUUGGCUGAUAUUGAGGAACAAUACAAUAAUUACACAUCUAUAUUUUCUGAUCAUGAUUUUCAAAAUCCUGAAAAUUUGUCUGAAUUGGAUGUCGAACUGGCUAGGCAAAAAGCAUUUGUGAAAAAAUUUAUAGAAAUAUUAUAUCCAGAAAGUGCUUAUUUUCGAAUCGUAUCCCAGCCUGAAAAUGUUGAUGAUAUUUUAUUUGUAGAAGCUGUUUCUCAACCUGACUGGUCUUCAGAUAUGCCUAUAACAACAAGUCCAAACAUUAUUGAUGUCUUUGCAGUCUUGGAAUCUGAGCGUGCAUAUUACUUUAUGGCUCCAUAUAGUGGCACUACUUUAGAAGAUUUGCUAAAAUAUAGUUCCGGUGUAUUAAAUUCUAAUGUAAAAAAAUCUUUUAUCCUAUACCAAUUAUUAAGAACCGUUCAAAAUCUCCAUAUGAGAGGUGUUAUUCAUGGAGGGCUUAAACCAUCUAACAUUUUGGUGGAUGAAAAUCUAUGGGUGACGCUUACGGGAUUUGAAUGUUCCAUACCAAAAACUGAAGAUUUAUCAGAUAAAACAAAUCAACAUAUGAAUCAUGAUUUUUCUUUGGAAAAUAUUCCAAAAGAAAUUCAAAAUGAUUCUCUCACAAUGAAAUGGGUACAUGGAAAUAUAUCAAAUUUUGAUUAUAUAAUGGCUUUGAAUCAUCUUGCGGGCAGAAGGAUUGGUGACCCAAAUUUUCAUCCAAUUUUUCCAUGGAUUACGGAUUUUACUGGUGCAUCUGUUUCAGAAAAUUGGCGGGAUUUUACAAAAACUAAAUUUCGCCUAAACAAAGGCAAGGCAAAUAUAAUUCGAUUAUUAAAUAGAUUCAAACAAUUGGAUUUUACAUAUGAUGGACCAGUACCUCAUCAUAUCACCGAUAUAUUAUCUGAUAUCACUUAUUAUGUGUAUCUAGCUCGAAAAACUCCUAUUCCGGUGUUAUGUCAGUAUGUAAGAACAAAAUAUGAACCGAACGAGUAUCCAUCCUCAUUACAAAGAUUGUUCGAAUGGACUCCUGAUGAAUGUAUCCCAGAGUUUUACACAGAUCCAAGUAUUUUUACUUCAAUACAUCCGGACAUGCCGGAUUUACAACUUCCAACAUGGGCUUCUUCGGCUGAAGAAUUUAUACGCAUUCAUUCGGAAGCUUUAGAAAGCGAUCAUGUAUCGAAAAAUUUACACAUUUGGAUUGAUUUGACUUUCGGGUGUAAACUUAGUGGUAAUUCACAAAUUACGGUUAUAUAUUACUUGAUAGGUGCUGACGCGGUUGAAGCAAAAAAUGUUGCAUUACCGCUUUUGGACGGUCAAAAUUCCUUUAUGAAGCACGGGAUCACUCAACUUUUUUCGGAUCCACAUCCACAGAAAAUUGUGAUAUCUGAUAGUAAUAAAAGACCUGUAAAUAUUAAUGGCAGUAUGUCAUUAUUAGAAAAAUAUGAAAGUAUCUCGAGUAAAAAGCGAAUACAACUCAAGCCUACGGAUUCGAAUAAACAAUUAGCUGAUGUCGUUGGAGAUUUGUUAGGAUCUGAAAAGACCAUUGGAAAAUAUCAAACUGUAUCUUCGCGAUUAAAAUCACCAAAGUUAGCUCCUACUUCAAAACAAUUAUCGCUGUACGAUGUUGUUUCACAUGAUGAAAAGGAUCAGAAAGAACCUACUUCUCGGUUUGAAGCUUUAUCCGCAUAUAUUAAUUCUUUUCCGAUACAUUUACCGAAUGAUAUUGGUGAUGAGUGCUUUAUUGAAAGCCUGAACAAUUUUGAACAAGCACAUUCUUUUUCUGCAAAAUAUCUUCUACACAAGUGUAUAAAAAACGAGUAUUCACAGCAUUUUGGUAAGAUUCAGAGUAGUCAUAAACAAGGCACAACAAAUGAAACAGUUGAACAAUAUUUUGCAUAUGGACGGGCAUGGGAUGCUUAUUGCCUUGGAGAAAUCAUUCAAAGUAUAUAUUCUAUUGUAAAAAAUGAUGCCGGAAUAUCAACUCUUUCAAUACACCAACAUCAAACUGGUGCAUAUCAAAAUGACCUUUUUAAGCUACCACUUUCCGUGCAAAAAGUUGUGUCAUCAUUAAUGUCUCCAAAUUGGAAACAACGUCCUUCAAUUGAUGCUUUACUUUAUUCAUCCGUUCCUGUAAUGGGUUUAUAUGAUGAAGGUUUAACCUUGCCAUUGCCAGAAUGUGUUCCUGAAGUUUAUGAAUUCUUGACCGAUUUUCAUCGGGUCUUAGUGCUACUGUUUACAGUUGAUAUUAUAAAAAUUGAAGCCUUGAAUAUUUUUUCAAGUCUCGGACAAAGAUUGGGUCAAGAUGACACAAAGACUUACCUUUUGAAACCAAUAAUUUCCUUAUUUGAAUCGUCGCGACCUUCAAUACCUAAAGCAUUAUUUCAUCCCGUCAUUGUUACAGAAUUUGUGUACCGAUUUGGCAUCACGAAUUUCUUACAGCAACUUUUCCCUCUUUAUUUAGAAGCGCUAACUAUUGAAGAUAAUAUUUCACCUUAUGAUUUCAAUGACGCAAAACUUUCAUUUGCACAAAAAUCAAAUUCUUUAAAUGAUAUGAUUUCAAGUCCAGCUUCUGCACCUGAUGAUCCGUCAAGUUUGGAUCACGCAUUGCCAUUAGUAGCACAGUUCGCAAAUUCUGCUUUGGUCGAUAUCUGGGCCUAUUUUAACAUCCAAACAUAUAAUGAGGCAAAUUUACAAACUGUUGCUCAAAGAAAGUUCAACUUUAGUAAUUACGAUUAUUUUAUAGGAAAUCAAUUUGGUGAAACAUUUACUCAUUUGCAAUUCACCCAAGUUAUUUCAGUAAUUCAGCAAUACAGUUCAUUACCCAUGAAUAAGAGAAAUUAUUCUAUAUUAUGUAAUCAUUUAUUUCUUCUAGAAAAGCUCACCACAUUAAUGCCAACGCCUAAAGUAUUAGCAGAAAUAGAAUCUGGAUUCUCUGAUACUUUAAUAAAACUUUUAGUUCAAUUCAAUAAUGAUGAUUCUCUUAAUCAAAACAACAAACCUGUAGAUAAAAGCUCAUUUAAGGGCACAUCAAUUAAUAUAUUAAAAAAUCAAUUAUCUAUUAGUAUGAAAAGUGCAGGGUUCUUACUGCAUGUUUGUAAUAAUGUUGAUAAAACAGAUUGGGAGCGUAGUGUAAGGCAAACUGAUUUUUAUAGCAGUAAAUAUUUUGAAACUUUUGAAAAAUCAUUAGAAAGUUUAGGCAUGGAAGAAUUUGAGCAAGAAAGAAAUAAUCAGAUUAUGUAUACAUACUCACAAUUAUGUAUUCUGUUUGAUCAAGAAUCUGUACGGGAGGCUAUUCCUGCUAGCGAGGCAAUCGAACUUGCAACAUGUGGUUCAUCCGAAUUAAGUGCUUUAUUACUUUCGGUACCAAUACGGUCACCGCCUGAAAACCAUUUAUCCAGUGAUCGUGCUAGCAUUGCAUCAAGAUCCUCUUCUCAGGACAAAAGUGCUAGCCCAAGUACACCUAGGUUUAUUGCAAAUUUGGAAGAUAAAAAACAAUUGACUUUGAAUGCUGGGAUAUUAUCAACAAAAGAAGUUACAACUGCAAUAUCAGCCACCACUACAUUGAAUAAGACUUUUUCAUUGUUUGCAGGUGAAGGAGCUAGUAGAAAACUACAUGAUAUUAAUCAUCAAGUUGCUAAUGGAGUGUCCGUAAAAAAUGUUGCUACACCUGUGAAGAAUAAUAACUUAUCAAACGCUGGACCCGCUAAAAAACUUAAAGGAAUUAACCUGUCUUGGAGAACAAAGAGCUCAUCUAAUGAAGACUUAAAGAACUGGACUCGGUUUUUAUCAACAAAUUCAGAAGAAAUGUCGAACUCAUUACAAUUUACUUUUAAUGACUUGAAGCUUCGUACUUUUUCUGGUCAUUCGUCAGCUGUUCGUUCUUUUGAUGUCAAUGAACAUGCUCGGCUAAUAGCGUCUGGUUCAAAAGAUCGCACAGUAAAACUUUGGUCAUUAGACUUUCAUAACGGAAUAGAAAACUCAGAUAAUGAACCAUUUUCUGACUGUUUGAUUACAUACAAUGGACAUAAAAAGACUAUAGUCAGCGAUGUUCAUUUUAUCAGUGGACGAGGUGGUGGUUGGGGGCUUGGAGAUGUUAUUGCUAGCAAUGAUGGGCAGAUACAUGUAAAUAUUAUAAAUGAUAGAACACCAUAUUUAUCUAUCAAACCGAUAUUUAGAUCCAGAUCCCUUGUUAGUGGAUUAGGAGAUACUUCCAUCGCGUAG